UAAUAGUUGUCGUGCGUCUCUUUUUGUUUGGCUUGAGUUCGAGACGGGCUUCCGAAAACGUUACAGCACAAAGUUUACGAUGCAUUUCGUGAUGGGGCCAUUGAUUUUGUUGGCUAUACUGGCGUGUGACUGUGUCAUGAGUGAAGAAUUUCUAAGGAUAGAACUGAAUGACCGACUAAAACAGCGAUACACAAACGAUUCGGAUGACACUCGAUUGGAAAUGGACCAAGAAAAACAACCCGUACGCAAGAUUGGCGAGUCUUCAAGCCACGACAGGUUGAACGUCAUCCCUACAGAUUUGUCUGAACGAGCCUUUCAAAAGUAUUACGAGUUACGUCACAGAUUGAAAUUUAGAAAACUAGACAAUGGCCGUAAAGAAAAAGAGGCUUUGCCGGUCGAAAGUACGAGUGUUCCAAUAACAACAACAGAAAGGCUGACAACGUCAACAACUACAAAGACGAAUGAAGAAGUUGCAGCAACCUUCCCGUUGCACGAGAAGCAAGAACUCCCUCAAGAAGAAGAACUUGAUCCCCAACUGAUGACAGGCACAAUCGACGAUUACGACAUUAUCAUGUUUGUGGAUAAAGAACAACUGGAACAAGAGCCUAUUUUUUCACCUUCAGGAGUAGGAUUCUUUCACGGCAUCAUUAACUUCGUUAGAUGGCUAAUCUCUCAAUCAGCUGACGUCGAAAUGGAAGAUUACGAGGACUAAAUAUGCAGAAUGUUUU